AUGGACAGCGACAGCGAACGCGACUUCGCCAUAGUCGAGCACAGCCUCGUCGUCGGCCCCAGCACCCCCAGCACCCCCAGCGCCCACAGCACCCCCAUGAUCCCCAUGGUCCCCAUGAUUGAAGAGGAUACCCGCAGCGUCCACUGGUGUGACGUCUUGAGGGCCAUGUUCCCGCCCUCGGAGGGCUACAUCGUGAUUUCCGUGGCGGUGUCGCUGGCAGCGAACGAGCACUACGACCGGGUCAGCGUGCACUACGGCGGCGGCGACGAGGAAAGCAUCCUCUACGCCGACGCCGAGAGCAUGCUGGUAUUCACCCUCGUUGUCGACCGACCGGCCGAGCCGGAAGCCCUGCCGUUGGAAGCCCAGCAGCAGGAAGCCCAGCCGGCAGCCCCGCCACCGGACCGUUCGCUGGACAUGCUGGAGCGCUUCCUCGGUGAGCACCGCCCUGCUGUCGAAUCCCUGCACCUGCCUUGCUUCGGGGCUACGCUGGUGGGCGUCGCGAUGCAGUUCUACCACUGGGACCGCAACCAGGCCCGCCUCGUGCGGUCCCAGCUGGAUAGUCUGGAGGGGGGUCUCCUUCGCGAUGGGAUUAGAGGGGAGGGGACGAUGGGGUUGGUGGAGCAGGAGUUUGCGGCUAGGGCCAUGCUGUACCAUGCGCUGCAUGGGGAGUCGCGCAUCUUGAUCUUGCUAAUAUGGUGGCACCGCAGGGUUUCUGCUGGGUUGGCGCUGCAAAGGGGGAUCGAGGCUAUGGGGGCGAGGGCGAAUUCGUUCUUGGACAUGGACUUGGAUGAUUUCUUCAAGGAGGAGGAUAGGAAGAUGGCGGAGUACGAGAGAGAGGUCGCGGAGGAGGAGAGGAAGAUGGCGGAAAGGGCGAGAGAGGAGGAGGAGGAGAGGGAGAGGGAGAAGGCCGAAAGGGAGAAAGAGGAGAAAGAGAAGGCUGAGACAGAGAAGAAAGAGAAGGAGGAGAGGGAGAAGGCUGAGAAGGAGAAGGCUGAGCAAGAGACGCUGAAGAAGAUUCAUUCGCGCGCUAGAUCUGCUCUCAACAUCAUCUUUCACAUCUUCAUCUUCACCUACCUCAUUUUUCAGUUCCGUCGCCAUAAUCCUUCCACUCCAGUGAAGGAAACUGUUUCCACAGGUCCAACUCGAACCUCUUUCCUUUCGUGUCUCUGA